AUGUCCUCGAGGUAUCCCAACCCCAACAACAAUCGUGAACGAUCUCCACCUCCACGAUUCGAUCGCAGACCCUCUGGCACCUACAGUUCGUUAGGUUCUUCAUACAGAGGAGCCGCAGAUCCGGGGCCUCCAUCGGAUCGUGCUCCUCCUCGAGGGCCCAAGGCUGAUUUUCGAGGCUCUAGUUUUGCCGCGCGAGGUCGGGGAGGCUUCCCACGCUCUAGUGACACAUGGGAUCGUGACCGUGACCGCGAUCGUGACAGGGAGGCUCGACCUGCUCCACAAUCUUAUCGUACAAGAGACGAUGACAGGCCGGAUUGGCCGCGGCGAGAUCGUGAAUUUGGAACGGGAGACAGAGGUGGUACCGUGGUCAGAGACAGCCGGCCAUAUGUUGGAGCUCGAGACCGCUCUGCUUCUCCGAUCCGAGCGCGGAGGGAUUCACGAGAAAGCAUUCCAUCAACGUAUAGUCGCCCCGCCGACAACACCUCUUACUACGCUCCAGCUUCGCGAGGUGGGCUGACCCGAGGCCGUGGUAGAGGUGACUGGGAACGAAGCCGGGGUCGGAACUCCUUUGUGGGCGAACGAGAUAGAGAUCUUUUCCACAACCGAAGUCGCUCACGAGAAAGCUGGCGGGAUCGUGACUUUGACCGUGGUCGGCAAAUUCCCCCCGAAUCCGAUCGACCGGAUCGUUACGACCGCAGGGAUUUUGAUCGCGGUAGUAGAGAACGUGAUAUCAGAGGGCAAGAUAUUCGGCAAAGAGAUCACUCACCAGCGAGAAGCACAGGAGGGCACGCGCUGGGCUCGGUCGCCACACCAUCCACCCUUGCGAUUGAUCGUGCAACAAAGCCUGAACAUGAUUCCUCUAGGAAACCGUCUGUGGUUGCAACUCCUACUGUUUCGAUUCGUGAUCUGCGCAGAGAUGGCGAUCAAUCAGAUUACUUUGGACCUUCUAGAACGGAUCCUGUUAGGCGUGACCCUGCACAAGCUGCUCCACAACCAGCCUCAGCCGUUGGCCUGGACUACGGACCUCCACCCUCGGUCGCACCAGUCACUACCCCGGCCUCCGAGAAGCCGCCAGUAUCAAAGGCGCCCCCUCCAAAGAUUGAACCCGUGGUAGCCAUACAAUCAUCUUUUCAGCCUCCCAGUGGACCAAAAGCUGUCCGCACUCCCUCUACGCCAAACGCACCUCAAGGCCCAAAAGCGUCCCAACCAAAUGACACUUGGCCUCGCAGUGAGCCGCAUUCACGGCCGCUGCGCACAAGCAUUGUGCCUACUUCUAGUAGCAUAUCAGUCGAAGCAAGCUCAAAGAAGGACGAAUCUUCAACCGAGUCCCGUACAGCUCAGUCUCCGGCACUCGAUAGAACAAUGCCACCAAAUGUUCCUUCUGGGCCAAGAUUAGGCCCCACAACUUCGAACUUCAAGCCAAGGAUAGCUUCGGUGGAGCCUGUAAGUGCUACAACUUCUCCCACGGCGUUGCGUGAGCAGUCCAAACCCACCGCGCCAGAUAGCAAACCUUCUGCAAUCCCAACAGGACCUAGACUUGAUAGAGAGUUGACGCAUAGAGAUGGUUCUCGGCCGAAUUUGCCGGGAACCAGUUCGAAAUCAUGGGUUGCUCCUGAAUACAAACCGAAGCCCUCUAUCAUGAAUCAAUUGAACAAGCCAUAUCAACCAGAGCCACGAGAGCGAGCAGUAUUCAUUCCCACAGGUCCAAGACAGGCUUCGUCUUUCCAUGGACUCGUGGACAAAGGCCGGCCCUUACAGAGUUCCAUCACAUCCGUUCCAGCUGCACCCACAGGCCCAAAAUCGCUAUCUGCUACUAGCCCAAGGAUUCCAGAAGGAAAAAUUACACUCAUUCCCAGACAGCCGAUUGAGGAAGUCCACACUCCUGAUGAUGUUGAGAUGUCGAUGCCGGCUACUAGCGAGGACGAGGACGAAGGGGAUGAUGAUGCAUUUGAUGAAGAAUACUAUUUGCUGUCAGAAGAGCGGUUCAAGCAAGAAAUGGGUCUUUUGGAAGCUCGGAAGCCCCCACCCUUGUUACAAGAUGGGACCAUCGUGCCGCUCUUGAUCAAGUUGCAAUUCCUUGAGAUGCUACUGCAGGAUAGCAUACCACAAACGGUCCUUGCGCCGGCCGAAGACUCAAGGCAGGAUAUACUUGCCACGUCGAACGUGGCUACCAGUCUUCCAUCCCCUACACAAACUUCAAACGAGGCCAGUACCAAGUCAGACCCUGAAGAGGCUUAUCCCAAAGGUCGACCAUUGAAACAAGCACCUGUCAACCCCAUUCCCACCCCACCCAUUGAGGAUUUACCCUAUCUCGAAAAGAUUUGCCCACACAGAAUACUGUUUGAUGAAUCAGAUAAUGAAGUCGAGCAUGAAGCAGUCAAUACAUUGCUCCAGCAAGAGUUUGAAGAUACCGCCUGGGAAUGGCGCUCCGAGAUGGGAGACACAGAGGCAGAUUUCAAGCGAAAAUACCAUGUAUGGCGACAAGAGAUUGCUCAUCUGGAACAUGAUCGUCGUGAUUUGCAAGCCAGUCCCGCUCCUGCGUCUCCAGCUCCAUCUGUCGCUCCAUCAGUCACACCUUCGUUGACUCAUGAACGAACAAGAGGAGCACGAAAUACAACUGAGGCGGAUUUGCAGGCUGCAAUUCUGAUGUCACAACAGUCGGCAAAAGAAGAAGAAGAAAGACGAGAACGAGAAGCGGCCUCCAGCUCUGUUCCUAACUAUGAGACGGAAGCAGUCAUUCCCCCAAUGUUGAGACCAGCAGAGAUCGAAUCCUGUUAUUUCGAGGACACCAAUCGCUUGAUUGCGGAUGAUCUAAUUAUUGAUAUCUAUGCGUAUCUACCACCAGUUGACGAUUUUACAAGCGAGGAACAGUCCUUAUUCAUCAAUGCGUAUUGUCAAACCCCCAAGAAGUGGGGCAAGAUUGCAGAGUCUAUUCCUGGGCGUUCAUAUCAAGAAUGCAUUGCCCAUUAUUACUUGACAAAGACCCGAGCGCACUACAAGGAUAUCUGGAGAAGAUCGCAGCCAAAGAAGAGGCGUGGUAGAGCCGCCACUAAGCCUCGUUCGACAGCCUUGAUGUCUGAGCUUGUUUACGGUGACGAUGGUGAAGCGGGCCCUGUUGCCGUUACCGACAGCGGCAGACCCAGAAGAGCUGCCGCGCCAACUUUUGGGGAUCCCGCCAGCGAGAAUGAUCCUUCCACACCAGUGCCGCAAUCAAAGAAACUGACCACUACUCUAAAGGACGGCAGUGCAGAGCCAACUCCCAAAGCACCCAGAGGUCGAAAGGCGGGUAUAGCGACCAAGACAAGAAGGACCAAAGCUCAAAUUGAAGCGGAUAAGCAAGCACAAGCACUCUUGAAUGCGUCCGAGUCUUUCCCUUCCAAGGCAAUCAAUGGUACAAAGGCGGACCGAGGCCGAACCCUUCUACGCGCAGAGAAUGUUCCAAUUCGAGCUGAGCCACCACCCGUUCCACAGCCUCCUCAACAACCAAUUGAUACUGUGCCACCACAAUAUCCUGUAGCCGACGGCUCCGUAGACCCCAUUGCGGCUCACCAUCCUGUAGCAUCUCAGGUAACCAGUUACUGGUCGGUGCCGGAACAAAGCAAAUUCCCGCAACUACUGGCCUAUUUUGGUCGGGAUUUCGCUGCCAUUGCUGAAUUCAUGAAGACAAAGAGCAUGACUAUGAUCAAAAAUUACUAUAUUCGACAAGUCAACGAUGGCAAGGAGGAAUUUGAGAAGUUCGCUCAAAUGGGGGAGCAAGCACGCGCGGCAGGGAAGAAACCUGGACAACCGCCUAGCCCAAUCGCGCCACCAAAGCGUAGGUACGAAGCGACACCGUCAAUGGCUGUCCCUCGCCACGUUCCCGUCCAGAUCGAUCAAGUAUCUACGCAGGCCGAUUCUUUAGCACCAAUGGUAAAGCAAAGUGUCAUCGAUGAAUUUCCGCAAAACAUCGUGGAGAGGAAUGCGCUAGGUAACGUGAUUGCCAAACCCCAGGCGAUUCCACGAGAUAUUCCACCCUUACCAAUACAAUCCCAACCAAAAGUCGAGGAGGUUGCGAAACUGGAUCGCACCACACUAUAUGGAGCCAAACCCUCGCAUGGUCCACGACCUGGAGUUUUCCAAGAAGAUCAUGUCGGAUUUCCGCCAAAUCGGCAACCCUUGCGCAUGCCACCCCAAGAUCACUCGCCUCACCAACAUGCACAACGCCUUCCUGAAAUCACUCGUGCUGAUAUUUCACUACAGCCACAACUCUCUGCUUAUUCACAAGCACUCCUUAAUCAGCCGAGAGACCCUAUUCAACAGGUCCAGCAACGCUCUCAACCCCCACCUGUGCAAAAUGUACAAGCUUCACGCUCACAAGGCGAGAAAUACGGUCAACCACCGCCGAGCAAUAUUUUCCGACAUAGUCACAGUCGAACCAAUAGUUCCACUGCGCCACCGAGUCAUUCCCUCCUAGAACAAGCUCAGGAUCUGACCUCACUCCGUCUGGCCGAAAGCAAGCCUAGAAAUGCCACGUAUAGUCUGGUACCCAACCCGUCGCAGAUGCAAGUGUCAACGCCUCCUAUCGCUCCACCUAUCAAGAAUGAAAUGUCUGUCCACGGAAACCCACCUUCAGCUUCCUCUAUUCCGCCGCCAGUCGAUCCACCAAAGCCACCAACUAAACGUUCAAACGUCUUCGGCCUGUUGAAUGAUGACCCUCCAGAGCCGCCGCCGAAGCGUCCUUCACUCGAGGCAGCCAAACGACCAAGCUUACUCUCACCUCAGCCAGGACCGGAAGGAGUCGGCCAUAGUCAUUUGCAACAGCAACAACAGCAACAACAACAUCGUCAGGGACCGCCAGAGGACUCUAGUCUUGGCCGGUUAGGUCGAGGAUCAUACAAUCCUAGCGGGAACCCCAUUGGAAGCGGGUCUGGCCACUCUCUGGGAGAUUAUCAAAACGCUAUGAAUAGUCUCCAGCCAGCACCACCCAGCAAUGAAACAUGGAUGGACCGCUUUGAUCCCAGGCCUCAGAGUGGUCUCAGCGAGCAACGAAAUCCACAUCAUUCACCCGGUCCAAGCCAUUAUUCGGUAAUCCCUCCAUCAACACAGUCGAAUAGUGUUCCCCCAAUUCAUUCUUUGCGAGCGGAGACUCCUAGAGGAUUGGAACGUAGCCCUAUGGACCAUCGACGCUCACUACUCAGCAACAUCGGCCAAAUGCCUCAUGCUCCCUCUCCUCCGCCACAACAAACUGCACCACCGAAUCAGCCCUAUCGAAGUAUGUCUGGGAGCUCUCAUCACUCUCGGGUGUCAUCGAUUGGCUAUGCUCAAGGUCAGAGUGCAGCUCAAGCUGGUGCUCUUGGUCUUCAACCAACAACUCUCCCACAGUCUGCAGGCUCCACUCCCGUUUCCAGUCUUCAUCAGCGUGGACCGUCAUUGCAUGAUUUUCAACCACGGUUGACUAUCCAACAGCACAUGGCUCAGAAGCAACAGGAACUUCAACGUGAGCAUGACAGACAGAUUCAACGCCAACGAGAAGUUGAGGUAGCCCAGCAACGAGAUAGGGAUCGCGAACGCGAACGCGAACGUGAACGUGAGCGGGAUAUUCACCAACUCCACCACCACCAGCAACAACAACAUCACCAACCGCAGCAGCAGCAACCGUCAUCGCAACCGCCGCCUCCGCAGCAGCAGCAACAGCAACAGCAACAGCAACAGCAACAGCAACAGCAACAUUUGAGACGAGACAUUUUUGGUAUUGAUCCUCACACCUCGGGUGGAAUAGGUCGUCAGACCCAACUUGGCGGGGUGGGAAACCAGAGCCAUAUGUCGUUCGCACAACGUGACAUACCGCGAACAUUCACGCCUCCCCAACAACAGCAGCAGCAGCAUCAUCAUAAUCCCUAUGGUGGGCCUAAUAAUGUCGCACAUGCACUGAACCACCCGCAUCAGCACCAACAGAGCGCUCCUCUGACUCAAAAUCAGGGACCUCCAAGCCAGCAAUCCCAACCACCUCCACCUCAGCAUCAGAUGCAUCAUCGCCUUCACGCACCACAGCCGCAACGUCAACCACCGCCACAAUCACAUCCUAUUCUACAUCCAGGAACACCUGUGCAUUACAGAGGUCUGAGUCAAGGUGGAGAGCCUAGACGCGAGGAACGGCGGUGA